AUGUACAUACACGUGUUAAACCCGUUGGACGCCAUUUGCAAUGUGGAACGAAACGAUGCGGUGUGCGUAUCAAACCUCAAGUCUUCUAAACCGAUCGACAAGGCGAUCCUGCAGGAGAGGCCUGACGUCAAGAUCUUCCUGCCGUUCCGCUUCCACUUCUACAAGCCACAGGAGCUGUUCAAGGAGAAUACCUACAAGAACUACUUAGUCGGAGGAAUGGGCGGAGACCACGUGCUGAGCUUGGUAGACGAGAUCUCGUACGUGGCGCCGCCGUCGCCGCCGCUGUCCCAGAUGAGCGAGCUGGACCCGGACCUGUUCUGCAACGGAGACAACCGCCCCGCAUCCUGCGGCGUCGACUGCCGCUGCGUGCACAUGAUCGAUGUUCCCCUCAACUCCAUUGUGGAGAUCGUGCUUGUUGACGAAGUUCAAUCACCAAACUUGUCGCAUCCGUUCCAUCUUCACGGAACGACAUACAACGUCAUCGGUAUGGGUCGAUCCCCCGACAAAAAUAUCAAGAAGAUCAAUCUGAAACAUGCUCUAGACUUGGACAGAAAGGGUCUCCUCAAUCGACAGUAUAACUUGCCGCCGCAUAAAGACACGAUAGCGGUGCCGAACAAUGGAUACGUAGUCAUACGACUAAAAGCUGACAACCCAGGGUACUGGCUAUUCCACUGCCACUUCAUAUUCCAUAUAGUGAUCGGGAUGAAUCUAAUAUUACACAUAGGAACUCAACAUGACCUUCCGCCGGUGCCUAAAGACUUCCCUCGGUGUGGGAACCACCUGCCCCCCAUCACCCCGCUGGCUCCAUACCACCGCCCUCUCGGGUAUCACUGAUCCAUCUGAUACAUCCUCUGGAACUUUUGAUCUCUACUAAUUCAAUAAGCUCCACAAAAACAUCAAAAGGAUCUUAAACAUAAACAAAUCUCUCAAUAAUAUACCUAGUUAAUGUUUCGCAUAUUACCAAAACGUACUGCCAUAUUUUUGUUCGAUAUUGAAAUAUGAACUGUACGAGAGAAUACUAAUUAUAAUGUAAAUAUUACAACGUAGUAAAUUAAUUGUAGUAUUCGAAAUUAGGAUGUGUUUAAGAAUAGACGAGAUGUUACUAUUACUGUAGAAUUUUGUUAAUAAGACCAAAGUGCUUAAGCUCAUCAUCAGUGUGAUUCAGAUAUAAUUUUAGGAUACAUUUUUAAUUGUUACUUUCUUGUUUUACUGUUCUAGCCAUUAGCAAUGAUGAAUGUUUAAUGUAUGUUAUAUUUUUGUUACUUAAUUUUUAUUGUUUUUAUACUUGAUUAGUUGUAUUGCUGUAGAUAGUUUAUUUGUAGGUGAUCUUUGCAAUUUAGUACUAAAGUAUUGUUAAGUAGCAGCUUAGAACUACUAGAGAAUAGUUAAUUAUUUAUAGUAAGUUUUGCAUAUAAUUUUUUAUCAAAGAUAUUAAAUUUUCCAUAGUAUCCAACUUACUCUUUCAUGAUGUCAUCAAGUUAACUUCAGCUCAAGUUACAUUUGACUUGAGACCGUACGCGCUUACGGUACUUGUGAUUGCAUUUCUAUCACCACCACCUUGUUUGAUGACGUCAUAUCGUAAUGCUUCUGUGUCACUGUCUACAAACAGAUUUCUCACUCUAAUAGUUGGAGUACCGGGUUCAGCCUACGACCGCUUGGCACAGGGUAGUAUUUUAUAAUAAAAUAUACGCCUGUGAUCGGAGUGUGCACGGAAUGAUUCAUUCAUGUUUAAUUUAUACUUAUUUCGUGUACCGACUUCUUGUAAAACUUCGAUUCCUAAUAGUUACUCCAUCUUUUAGGUUUACUGAUAAUGUAGAGUAACAGAGAGCGUAGUCAUUGCAAGGAGAAAUAAAUAUAAAACACCUAAAAUGUUUGUUUUAAUUAUACUCUAAAGCAUGCGACGAAUUGU